GAUCUGAAGUUAGCCAGCCAUAUUUCCUUUAUCCAGUGUGUCACCCUUCUGACUUUACCCAGUUUAUUUAAGAUAUGGCAUCUGAGUGUUGUCUCAGUCUCACCAAAUACUUCCUCUUUCUUUUCAACCUGAUAUUCUUUCUUUUAGGAUCACUCCUCUUAUCUAUGGGACUAUGGAUACAAUUUUCAGAGACAAGCUUUUUCAUACCACCCCCUCCGUACAUUUCUAGCUCUCUUUUCUCCUGCUUGCUGAUCAUCAGUGCCUCUGUGACUAUGACAUUAGGCUUCAUGGGUUGUCUGGGUUCUCUGAAGACUGCCAAAUGUCUGCUGGCAAUUUAUUUUAUCCUUCUAUCAGUUCUUCUUGCUGUUCAGAUAGUGGGUGGGGUUCUUCUCUACACACAGAAGACUGAGUUGGACGGUUCACUAAAGCAGCACACUCUUGAUCUAAUACAGUCAUUUGGAAAGAAUAAUUCCAAACUCCAGGGUUUUGAGAAAACUCUUGAGUACAUUCAGUGGGAGAACAAAUGCUGUGGCUGGGAUGGUAAACAAGACUGGAUCUAUAUUCCCUGCUCUUGCUACUACACUGUCAACGCCACUGUCAACGUGACAUAUGAAAACCACACUUUAGAGCCAUGCACCCAAUGUUCUGCAAAUGUAUCCUUUUCAAACCACACAUGCGGCAUUCAUGAGCGGGGGUGCAGUGAUAGAAUACAAAAAUGGCUGGAUGAAAAUCUUAUCUUCAUCUUGGUUGGCAUUUUGGCCAUUGCUGUGGUAGAGAUAUGUGGUAUGGCCCUUUCGAUGUGUCUGUAUAAAUGGGCAUCUGUGGAUUACAACACAAUUUUUCACUGAGAUGACCAGGAUCACUGAGGGAAAAGCAUCCAAAAAUAUUGUUCUUAAUUUAUACAUCUGGUGUUUGCUUAAUGUGUCAUUUUGUAAGAGAGAAAUAUUUUUCUGUACAGUAUUUGACAUUUUUUAUUUGGAUUUAUUGAUUUGUUACUUUCAGAGUUUUUGUUAUUGAUGUUGAUGUUAUGGUAUGUGUUAUAUGUUUCUUUCUAGUAUGUGUUUUUGAAAAAGAAAAAGAAAAAUAAUAUCAUCUUCAAUAAAAUUUGCUUAUAUCUUGAUUCUUAAAAUAGUUGCAUUUGACAGAGAUUGAACUGUGGAGAUGCUAUGACUGGGAAUUUCCUUAUUUGUUCCAUUUGAGAGUUUGCUUUAGCUAUUUGGUAAGAAAGGACUGGGUGCAUCAGGGUGGGACAGUGUAAUGUUUCACCAUUGUUGUACACACAAAGAAAUGACCUCAAUAUUGUGGCAAAGUGUGAGAUGAUGUGCUCAUAAACAUGUAUUUUAUGUGUAAGAUUUUAAAAAUGUUUGUCCUUAAACAUAUAAUCAUUUCUGUUCCAAGUGAUUGGCUAAAAUGUAGUUAUUGGCUCAGUGACCCAAUUUGCAUCUAUUACAGUCAAACUAUAAUUUUUCACAUAAAACUGUAAUUGUAAAUGUAAUAAAACUGUUCCUAUAGGCAAUAAAUAACAAUUACAAUUUAAAGUUUGUUGUUUGACAGUAUUUAAGUGUAUUUUUUCAAUCCAAAGUUCUAAAUAUUUUGGGGAAAAUCACAGAAGAUACGUGAUACCCAUGAGCACGUUUUUGUAUCGUCAGGGCAGGGAGGAGGACACUUGUUAUCAGGUAUAUAUAUAUAUAUAUGUAUGUAGCCUACUGUUGAUCUCUCAUCUUUAAUCCUUGAGCAACAUUAGAGUCUAAGAAGGUAAGAGACAUAAUAUCAUGUAAGACCAUUUGUUAUGAUAUAGCUGGAUUUUAUUUAAUAACUUCAAUGAUCUUUAUUAACCUACGUUAUUUAUUAACUCACAUUAAUUAACCUAAUAUUUCUAAACAUUUAUAUCUACUGCAAUACUACUAUAGUUUUCUGUUUGCAUUUAAUGACUCACUGCCAUUCAUUUUUAUUAGCUUGAAAUAAAGCAAAAAGAUGGCAUCCCGCACACUGGUUCUGAUCAUGUUUUUAGGUGUCCUCUGCGGUGAGUGGAAGAAAAGUUAUUUCUUUUUUUAAGAAUUUCUAUGUAAUACUAUUACAGUGAACUGGAUAUGCUUUUUAUAUAAAAACUAUAAAGUAUCUGGGUCAGAAUUAUAGCAGAGAGAAUACAGAAGAGCACUAUAUAAUGAAGCUCAGAAGCCUUUUAUAAGUUUACAAGUUUCUCUUCAAAUUUGCCAAUAACAUUUACAACAAGGCAAGGCAAGUUUAUUUAUAUAGCACAUUCAAUAAACAAUGGUAAUUUAAAGUGCUUUGCAUAAAAAUUAUAAAGAAAAUAUGAGAUACAUACAAAACCAAUUAAGAAAAAUAAAUGAGAAUAACAAGUAAUACGAUAAAUUGAAAAAAAAAAUUGAAAAUAAUUCAAUUGAAUUAAAAAAGGGAAAAGAAUACAGAAAUAAAAUGAUACAAUGCAAUCAGUGCUGCACUGUCCUCAGUCAGUAAAUGCACAGAUGUGUUUUCAGUCUGGAUUUGAAUGUUGCUACUGUUGGAGCACAUCUGACCUUUUCUGGAAGCUGGUUCCAACUGUGGGUGGCAUAAUGGCUAAAAGCUGUUUCACUUUGUUUUGAGUGAAACUUUGGAAUUUCUAACUGACUUGAUCCUAAUGAUUUGAGGGGUCUGUUAUGGUUUAAAUUCAACAAGCAUAUCUGCCAUGUAUUUAGGUCCUCUAGGCCAUUAAGUGAUUUAUAAACUAGUAAUAGUACCUAAAAAUCAAUUCUAAAGUCAACAGAAAGUACGGCUUUUUAAAACUGUGUUUUGGCUCUCAUUAGUUGUGCAGGCACUGAAAUGUAACUACUGCCAGAAGAUUGACAAAGAGAAUCCCACCUGUGACCAACUAGAGGAGAGAGAAUGCAGCGUUGGCCUCAGUAACUGCAUCAAGAUCACAAUGCAUGAGCCAGCCUAUGGUGAGGUGCGCAGAUGUGCCAGUGAUAAGGAGUGUGUUGCUAUGGUGCCUCAACAGGUGGAGAAACACUGCUGCAGCACAGACCUCUGCAACUAAUCUUCUCCAUCAGCUGCAUAUAUGUAUCUCACAAUGUGGUCUGUGAUUACUUAAAAUGCUCAAAACAUAACAUUAUCCAAAUUAUAAAUGGUCUUUAUUUAAUAUGUAAUAUUAUGAGAUAUAAAAAAUAAAAUCUGU